AUGGAUAAACCAACCGAUGAGGUGAAUUAUGAAGUUCUCGAAAGAAAAUGGCGAAGUUUCUUCCGUUUCCUGGACGUCAACGACGACAAGUCGGUCAGCGAGGACGACUUUCGAAAUAUCGCCGAGAGAUUGAUCUCAGCCUAUCAGGUAACAGGAAACCGAGCGAUGGACAUUCGACAGGCCCUCAAGGGCUGGUGGAACGUGUUCAAAAUGGAGGUGGGGAGCGCAAGGAACAUUGCCACGGAAGAGGAGUACGUCCGUGCCGUUAAGUCUUUGUUCAUGGAGAACAGGCCGGUGUUUCUGGCACAUACAAAGGAGCUGGCGGACAGCAUGCACGACGCUAUAGACGUGGACGGUAACGGAGUGAUAACCAGAGGCGAAUACAUUAAGAUGUUCGCCAUUAUGGGCGUACAAAAUACAGGCUAUAUAGGCCGGGUGUUCGACUGCUUAGACCUGGACAAGAGUGGGGUCAUCGACCGCACCGAGUUCCGGAGAGCAAUGGUAGAGUUCAACUUUAAUGACAGCGAGACUGAUAAUAAAGGAUACCUGUUCAAUUUUCCCCAAAACAAUAACUCGCCAUAG